UUAGGUACUUUAGCAGCUUAUGCUUUGUCUCAUCACAGAGAAGAUCUCAUUACUAUUCUAUGCCAUGAAGAUGAUAAACGCCAUUACUCCAUUACAUUGAAUUUUGUUAGUUUAUUCGAAACAUCUACAGAGCUUGGAGAUGGGAUACUUUCUUCUCCUGUGAACACAUUGCCGCUAUGUGACAAGGCUUUAGUGAAUGCACAAAAAGAUUUGUUUAAAUCACUUCAAGAAGACCAUGUAAGCGUGAAAUAUAACAUUCAUGCUCGUAUAACAGCACUUCCAAUUUGCCCUGAGCUACAUAAAUCAGCUUUUCCCUGCAAUGAUGAUUUCGGAUGUUUUCUUCGAAUCACUGGGACGGUGGUCAGAAGAACUGCCCCAAAAAUGUUGGAGUAUGGUAAAGAUUACAUGUGCAGUAAAUGUAAACAUGUAUUUACUGCUUAUGCAGAUUAUGAAAUGAAUUACACAAUGACUGCUCCUUCAGUUUGCAAGAAUCUAGAAAAUUGUGAAGGUACAAAGUUUCUGCCUUUGGAUUCUAACUACUUCCGAGAUUAUCAAGAAAUUAAGCUUCAAGAACAAGUGGCCAAACUUGAUAUGGGAUCUAUGCCAAGGUCUAUGUGGGUUACCCUUGAAGAUGAUCUUGUUGAUGCUUGCAAACCUGGAGAUGAUGUAGUUAUUUGUGGCACUGUUAGGAGGAGAUGGAAAUCAUUGGUUGUUGGUGGACAGACUGAAAUCGAUUUGGUUCUACAAGCUAACCAUCUCGAAGUUUCAAAUGAUCAAAAUAAUGCAGUUCACGUCACUACUGAAAUUAAAGAAGAGUUUAAUAAUUUUUGGAAACAGAAUUCUAGUAAAGUAUUCGAAGCCCGUAACAAGAUUUUAGCAUCUAUUUGCCCAGAGGUAUAUGGCUUAUAUAUUAUAAAAUUAGCUGUUGCAUUAGUAUUGGCUGGUGGAGUUGGCCAAGAAACAGGAUCUGGUGCACGAGUGCGUGGAGAAUCUCACUUGCUUUUAGUCGGCGACCCAGGUACAGCCAAAUCUCAAAUACUAAGGUUCGCUUCUACCCUAAGCCCACGGUCCGUAUUGACAACAGGAAUCGGGUCUACCUCUGCUGGACUAACUGUUUCUGCUUUGAUGGGAGGAGGGGAAUGGCAACUUGAGGCUGGUGCUUUGGUGUUGGCCGACGGAGGCAUAUGUUGUAUUGAUGAAUUUAAUUCCAUAAGGGAACAUGAUAGAGCAAGUAUACAUGAAGCAAUGGAACAACAAACUAUAAGUGUUGCGAAGGCAGGCAUGGUUUGCAAGUUGAGUACGAGGUGCACCAUUUUGGCUGCAACAAAUCCUAAAGGGAAUUACGACCCAUCCCAUCCAAUUACUGUUAAUUGCGCCAUCGCCAGUCCUUUAUUGAGUAGAUUUGAUCUUGUUUUUAUUCUUCUCGACAACAAAAAUCCUCAAUGGGAUAAAUUAAUUUCUUCCUUUAUAUUAGUGGGAAAAAUGUUGCCUGAAUCUGGAUCGAGUUUGUGGAGCCUUGAAAAAUUACAAGCAUAUUACUGCAUUAUUAAAACUAUGCUUCCUAAGCUGACACCCGAAGCAAUGAUAAUUUUGAGAGAAUACUAUCACUUUCAGCGGAGAAAUGAUUCAUUGAAUGUUUCUCAUACGACAGUACGUCUUCUUGAAAGUUUAAUAAGAUUGGCUCAGGCCCAUGCAAGGCUCAUGUACAGAGAUAUGGUUUUAGUCCAAGACGCAAUCAUAAGUGUUUCACUAAUGGAAUGCAGUGCGCAUGGUUCAACAUUCAAUUUAGCUUGUUUUAAUCCUGUUCAGACAAUGUUUCCUUUGAACCCAACUGAAGAAUACAUACAACAAGCCGAAGAAAUCUUGACGAGACUUGGAUUGAACGACAUUUUAGAAAAGGAAGUAGCAUCAUUUAGAUCUGAGAUAACUGCUAAUUCAGAACUUUGUCAAAAUCAAAUAAUAGAAGAAAAUGUAAUACCAGAGCCAUCUGUUUCUGACAUCAACAAAAAAUUGGAUAUAAUAUUAAAUAAUAUAAAACAAUCAAAAGUUAACAAUGAAAAGAUGUUAUGUCGUAAGCAGAUAUCAGUGGAAACAGAGAAAAUAAAAGAACUAGAAAAUUUAAAAUCUAAUAAAAGGAAAAAGAAAAAAAAUAGAGUUAAAGAUCUUCAUUCACCCGAAGUAAACCAGGAUAAAAGCAAUGAAGGUAAAAGAAAACAUAAAAUAAACUGUGAUUUAUUGAAAGUUACAAGUGAUGAAGAGACAAUUUAUGAAAGCGUUUUCAACAAAACUGAUAAAUCAAGUAUUCUAUCUCAACACAUGCUCGAACCAGGGGGUUGUAAAACAUAUCAGUCUAAUACUGUUGAGGAUAAUGAUAAAACUAGGGGGAAAAAUAAGAAAAAUAAAAAAACUGGAGAUAAAAGUGAAGACAACUUCAUAUAUGAAAGCAUUUUUGGUGAAACUGACAAUUCCAAGCAAAGUUCCAAACAGAAUGCUGAAAUAUGCUCUCCUGACUCCAUUAAUGGUAAAACACCACAGAAUAAAAAGAGAAGAUAUAAUUUGACUGACUCUAAUGAAGAAAACUUAGUUUAUGAAAGUGUUUUUAACAAAAAAUAUAUAUCUAAUCACCAUGAAGAAGACAGUAUUGAAGCUAAAAUUCCUGCAACACCUAAUUUAACCAAUGAUGAUGCAUCUGAUAGUGGUAAUAUUUCUGAAAAUGUUUCAAAGUCCAGGUUUAUGGAAUGCAAAAAUAUUCCUAAAAUUUCUCCCAAAACUCAAAACAAAUUAAAAAUGUUUUCUUUUGUGGAGAAGGACGAUAAAACUGUUGGAGCUAUACCGUCUAAUUCUGCAUUGCAAAAAUUCCCUAGUCACAGUAAUGGAACUGAACGUGUUAAUCCAGAAAUUAAUUCACAGAAGAAUUUUUCUCAAACAGUAUUUUCUAUCAUGGACAACUCUGAUGAAGAAUUGGAUACUGAUUUCAAUUUCUAA